UGGUUCCACCAGAGCCACAUCACACGGGAGGGAGGUGCAUCGUGCACGGCGGCGGCGCGAGAGAGAGAGCCGUGCCGCACUGCUGCUGCUGCCGUGCUGCUGGUGGAGUCAGCAGUCAAGGAAAGGGGAUGGCGGACGCCUACGCGAAGCGGGUGCUGCUCACCUCCGCCGGUGACGCCGUCUCGCGGGGGAUCGCCUCCAACCUCGCCAAGCACGGCUGCAGGUUGGUCUUGGUGGGCGCCGAGGGCGCGCUGGCCGCGACGGCGGAGGAGGUGCGGCGCUGCAGGGGCGGGGGCGGGGGCGGGGGCGUCGCGGUGCUGGGGCUGGACUUCGACUCCUGCGACGAGGCGGCCGUCGACGCUGCGGUGGAUCGGGCGUGGCGCUGCUUCGCCGGCCUGGACGCUGUCGUCAACUGCUACUCCUACGAGGGGGAUGUGCAAGAUUGUCUCAAUAUAAGUGAAGAUGAGUACAAGAAGACCAUGAAAGUAAAUGUGAUAACACCUUGGUUUCUGAUGAAGGCAACUGCAAAGCGGUUUCGGGAUUCAGAGUCUGGUGGGUCUGUCGUGUUCCUAACUCAGAUUAUUGGUGCUGAGAGAGGAUUAUAUCCAGGUGCUGCAGCAUAUGGUACAAGUUUAGGUGCCAUUCACCAAUUGGUCCGACUGUCUGCAAUGGAACUUGGAAAGCACAAGAUAAGAGUGAAUGCAGUUUGUCGUGGUUUGCAUCUGCACGACAAGUUCCCCAUGUCUGUGGGGAAGGAGAAGGCUGAGAAGGCAACUGCGGAGGUGAUGCCCCUGCGGAGAUGGCUGGAUCCGGAGAAGGACCUGGCGUCCACCGUGCUGUACCUUGUAGGGGAUGAAUCCCGCUACAUGACUGGCACGGCCAUAUACGUUGAUGGCGCUCAGUCGAUUGUGCGGCCGCGCAUGCGUUCCUUCAUGUAGCGAGGCGAGGACACGACGGUAAAUCCAGAGCGUGCAGAACGGAGCUGACGGUGUUUCAUCACCAUGUGGAGCUAAGCUACUGCUAGCUGCAUGCACCAGGCGGCAACCUGGGUUUACGAGUUGUGAUUCAGUAAAGGAUGAAUUGAUCAGGUAA